GGGGCAGUUUUAUUGGACGGGGAGGAUACGUGAGAGUUUUUGGUGGAGCAGGAAGCUCCGGCCGUAAUUGUUAAAAAAAAUGGGGAGGCUUUUGUAAUUUUAUUAAUUUUCCGUCUGGUGCACACCGACUUCCACGCUUUGAAAUAAUAGACGUCGAUGAUAGUUCGACCGCGACCUCCUAAGAUUUACUGACACUGCGAGAGAGAGAGCGAGCAGUUCAGAUCGAACAGUUGUUUUGGAGCUUCUCGAUUCGAAGUUCAUCGCUGGUUGCUUGUAAUCUCUGUUUUGAAGUUUGGGAGUCACAAUAUGCUUCCUCUUUCCCUUCUUAAAACUGCUCAAGGGCAUCCCAUGUUGGUGGAAUUGAAGAAUGGGGAAACUUAUAACGGACAUUUGGUUAAUUGUGAUACUUGGAUGAAUAUACAUCUCCGAGAAGUCAUCUGUACCUCAAAAGAUGGAGAUAGGUUUUGGCGAAUGCCUGAAUGCUACAUUCGUGGGAAUACAAUUAAGUAUCUCCGAGUUCCAGAUGAGGUGAUUGACAAAGUUCAGGAAGAAACUAAGAGCCGCUCAGACAGGAAGCCACCUGGGGUUGGUCGUGGCAGAGGAAGGGGUAGAGAGGAUGGUGCCAGUGGGAGGCCAGGAAAAGGCAUUGGUCGUGGCCUAGAUGAUGGUGGUGGUAAAGGCAUGGGUGGAGGCCGAGGCAAGGGUGGUUCUGGUGGAAAGGCUUCUGGAAAUAGAGCAGGUGGAGGGAGAGGCCGAGGUUAAUGUAGGUGUCAAACACGACAACUGAAUGGAGCGAGUUUGCUAAUUUUAAAAGGCAUUGGGCUCGCAACUUGUGGAGUGGCGGAGUACCGUGUGAAAAAUCUCGCUUUCAAUGUUUUCUCAGAAUCAGCUUGAAUGAUAAUGUUUGGGGUUGGCUCAGUUCAAAUUGGAAGGAAGGCUGAUUUUGAAUACAAGAUGUUGGUGUAGAAAGAGGAACUCUUUUUUAAGUUACCUAGCUUGUAUUGUGGUUUGCUAGUAUUUUUUGUUGUCAACUCCUCUUCCUGUUUCUUUCCUUUCUGAUAUUGUUUAGACAGCAACCUGCCUAAGUUCAUUUUGUUAUCCUCUCCCCCCCCCCCCCCCCCUGCGGGGGGCCUCUCUCUCUCUCUCUCAUAUUCUGGUUAUAUGGCUAGUAUGAUGGUUUUGAGAUUAAGUAUUCUUUUUAUUUAA